GCUUGUAUUUCUCUCUCCCGCUCACAAUCAAAAUCAUAAUCAACUCCUUCUUAUAAUUCAUGGGAAAAAAGCUUAUGAAUCUGAUCAAUUCAUCACAUUAGUCACAAGUAGUAGUUACUGUUUUCUUUUUCAUUUGAACCGGCACAUUUGGUUAUGGCGGGAUCAGGCGAUGGAGGAAACGAGAGAGAGGUGUUGGAAGACAGCAUCAAUCACAGUAGCAGUUUUUCUAGACAUAGGUAUAGACGAAGCAUGAGCUCCGGCGAAGAAGACAAGGGACUUUUAGCAUUUUCCGGGUGGGUGUAUCAUGUAGGAACCAAUUCGAUUGGCCAUGAGUAUUCCCAUCAACGCUUCUUAUAUGUAAAAGGGAAAUAUGUUGAGAUGUAUAGAAGAGAUCCUCAGGAGAACCCCGGCAUUCGACCUAUUAGGAAGGGUAUCAUAGGACCUACACUAAUGGUGGAGGAGACAGGGAGUCGAAAAGUCGGUAAUGAGGAACUCUACACUAUACAAUUUUACAAUCGAUUAGAUGAGACUAAGAAAGGAGAAAUUGCUUGUACCUCGGCUGAAGAAUCUAAAAAAUGGAUAGAGGCAUUGGACUAUGCCAAGCAACAGGCUGAAUAUGAGCUUUCAAGAGGAGGUGGUGCCAGAAACAAAUUAAGCCUGGAGGCUGAUAUUGAUUUGGAAGGCCAUCGACCUCGAGUACGGCGGUAUGCAUCUGGAUUAAAAAAGCUUAUAAGAAUUGGUGGAGGUCCAGAGUUGCUUUCACGGUCAAGCUCAAGCUUGGGUACAGGUUCAUCAGAUGGAGACUUUGAAGGGGAGUUUGGAGAUGCAGUUGAAGCACAUGAAUGGAAAUGUGUGCGUACGAUCAAUGGUGUUAGAAUCCUUGAGGAUGUGGCUGAUGGAAAGGGUGGGAAAGCUUCUCUGGUAAAGGCUGUUGCUCCUGUAGAUGCAAGCGCAGAUACUGUUUUAGAAGUAAUCUUAAAUCUGGAUCGCCAUAAGAGAUACGAGUGGGAUAUGCUGACAGGUGACUUGGAGCUGGUAGAUUCUUAUGAUGGAAACUAUGAUGUUGUCUAUGGAACAUAUGAUCCUAAAUAUCUUGGUCGAUGGCAAUCCAAGAGAGAUUUUGUCUUCUCCAGGCAAUGGUUUCAAGGGCAGGAUGGAGCAUACACAAUUUUGCAAUUUCCUGCUGCACAUAAGAAGCGUCCUACAAGAAAUGGAUACCAACGAACAUCAAUUAAACCAUCUACUUGGGAGAUUAGAAGUUUAACCAAUGAAAAAUGCCUUGUAACACAUAUGUUGGAGAUGAAUGCUGCCGGAUGGGGUCGAUGGAAGAAAAGUAGUAGCUGCUCAAAGUUUGAAAAGACCAUUCCAUUCGCCUUAUUAUCCCAAGUUGCAGGUUUAAAGGAGUAUAUUGGAGCAAAUCCAUCGCUCAAAUGUGAACCUUCCUCCCUGGCAUUGCAUUCAAAACAUUCUGAAGGCGAUCCGCCAGAUGAAUUCUAUGAUGCAGUUGCUGGUGACUCAUCUUCAACAUCAGAAGAUGAAGAGAGCGAUGAUGAAUCAGAGAAGGAGGAAAAACCAAUUAAGCAGAAGCCUGCACCUGCGGCCAUCUCAAGCACAGCUUUGAAGCAAGCUUCAGAUGCAGCUGAAAAUGCAAGUAAGGAAUUAGAUCUUAGUGUACCUCCUAUUCAUGUUGAUCCAAGUCAAUUCAACAGUGUUCUCCAUAAAGGAAAGGAUGAUGCUGACACAAAUUGUUGGACUUCUCCUGGUGGUGCGGGAUUUAUGAUAAGAGGACAGACAUACUUAAAAAAUAGUGCCAAGAUAAUGGGUGGAAAGCCCCUUCUCAAGCUCAUAGCUGUUGAUUGGUUCAAAGUCGAUAAAGCAACAGAUAAAAUUGCAUUGCAUCCAAAGAGUCUAGCUCAGUCUGAUGCCGGAAAAAAUCUUCCAUUUAUCCUUGUGAUUAAUCUCGAGAUUCCUGCGAAACCAAACUAUAGUUUGGUCCUCUACUAUGCUGCUGAAAGGCCAGUGAGGAAAGAUUCUUUACUGGAAAAGUUUGCAGAUGGAACGGAUCAAUUUCGUGAUGCAAGAUUUAAACUGAUACCAAGCAUUGUUGAGGGGUAUUGGAUGGUCAAGCGUGCAGUUGGAACAAAAGCUUGCCUACUUGGGAAAGCUGUUACAUGCAAAUAUUUCAGGCAAGACAAUUUUCUGGAGAUUGACGUGGACAUUGGGUCAUCAUCUGUAGCGAGAAGUGUUAUCGGCCUUGUCCUUGGAUAUGUCACAAGCUUAGUUGUGGAUCUUGCAAUACUAAUAGAGGCAAAUGACGCGGCAGAAUUGCCUGAGUACAUUCUGGGCAGUGUUCGACUGAAUCGUGUGAGGCUUGAAUCUGCUGUACCACUGGAUGGGUGAACGUUUUUCACAUCUUCCCUGCCUGUCUUUAAGCAUCUUGCGCUCCAAGGUUGCCAUCACUACGAGUAACCUUCAGUUUUAAAUAUUUCCUGUGGUAUAGCGCAAGGCUUAUUUGAUGAGUUGGCUUCCAAUUUUUAGUGCCAUAUUUUUAUCCCAAAUUGUGUAUCUUUUAAGUAUGUAGUUUCCUUGUUUUAUACAUGAACAAGAUCAAUUUUUCCUUUGAAAACAUGAACAAUAUAUAUAUUUGAGAAUAUUAUAUAUUCAUUUGUACAAAAGACUUCCCACAUACUUUUGGGACUCCUUUCAAGGGCCGUUGGGCUUAUUGUAAUCUUUUAAUCCAAAAUAGUUUGCUACAA